UAAAAGUCCGAUCGAUUACUCUGGCCUCGUGACUCCUGGAGUGUCUGCAGGUGAUUACUCUGGCCUGGUGUCACGUGGUGUGAUGCGGAAAAUGGCUGACGGAGAUCCAGACAGUGCAGUUGUAAACAGCGCGGUUAAAGAGGCAGAUCCGGACCCGGCUCCGGCCGAGCCCGAAUCCGCGGCGGUGGAGGGCGAAGGGGAGCGGAGGGAUAAAGCGGCGGACGGGUCCUGGUCCGCUCCGAUCCUGUCUCUGGCCCGGAAAGCCACGGAGACGCUGAGCGGAGUCAACAGUUACGGGUCCGGGUGGAGGAGGUCCGGUUCUGUUUCUGAACAGCUGAGUCCAGCUUCUCCCACCAGCACCGACCACCCGGACACCAACAGACCCGCUAUAAAAGAUCCUGUAUUGGUGGAAAGAUCCAAUCUCUUAAGCAUGAUGAAGCUCAGCAUAAAGGUCCUGAUCCAGUCGUCCCUCAGCCUGGGUCGAACCCUGGACUCUGAUUAUCCACCGCUGCAGCAGUUCUUUGUGGUGUUGGAACACUGCCUUAAACAUGGAUUGAAAGUGAAGAAAUCCUUCAUUGGCCAAAAUAAAUCUAUCUGGGCUCCUCUGGAACUGGUAGAGAAACUGUGUCCUGAGUCUGCUGACCUCGCCACCAGUGUGAGGGACAUGCCUGGCCUUAAGACAGGACUGGGGCGAGCUCGGGCGUGGCUGCAUUUGGCCCUUAUGCAGAAGAAAGUGGCAGAUUAUAUGAAAGUUCUGAUAAACAGGCGAGAUGUCCUGAGUGAGUUUUAUGAACCAGGAGCUCUCCUGUUGGAGGAGGAGGGGUCAGUCAUCGUUGGGAUGCUGGUUGGUCUGAAUGUGAUUGAUGCCAACCUGUGUGUGAAGGGGGAAGACCUGGAUUCUCAGGUGGGCAUCAUCGACUUCUCUCUGUACCUAAAGGAUCCACAGACAACUGAAAACACACAGGAUGAUUCCAAAAUGACGGCGAUUCUGGAUCAGAAGCACUACAUAGAGGAGCUGAACCGCCACCUGAGCUGCACUGUGACCGACCUACAGGCCAAGAUGGACUCACUGGAGAAAACCAACUGCAAACUCAUAGAGGAGCUGUCAGCAGCCACAGACAGGAUCAACGCCCUGCGGGAGGAGCAGGAUCAGCUGCGGCAGGAGAACGCCACCAUCCUCCAGUCCAGCCAGAGAAAAGAAGAGGUGACUCUGCAGGACAGCCAAGUGGAGCUAGAGACGUACCGGCAGUCCCGGCAGGGUUUGGAUGAGAUGUAUAACGUGGUUUGGACGCAGUACAAGGAGGAGAAACGCAUUCGGCAGGAGCUGCAGAAGGAACUGGAGCUUCAGAUUGGCCUGAAGCAGGAGAUGGAGGUGGCCAUGAAGCUGCUGGAGAAAGACAUUCACGAGAAACAGGACACGCUGGCUGCUCUGCGGCAGCAGCUGGACCAGGUCAAGACUCUCAACCUGCAGAUGUUCAACAAGGCACAGGAGGCUGGCGGAGUGGCUGUGAAGAAGGAGGAGGAUGCUGUGAAGUUGGAGCAGAAGAUGGUCCAAAUGGAAAAGGCAAUGAAGGAGCUGGAGCUGAGAUUACAGGACUCUGAGAAUCAGAGGAAGAACACAGAGGAGGGUCAGAAGGAUCUGUGUUCAGAGAUGAAGGGGAGAGUGGAAGCUCUGCAGAAACGGAUGACCGAUCUUGACACACUGAGGUCAGGGCUGGAGGUGGAGCUGAGUAAAGAGAAGGAGCAGAGGCAGAGCCUUCAGAGGGAGCUGCAGCGGGAGCAGGACAACAGCUCUGAACUGCGCACACAACUGCAGCAGCUGCAGGGCCUGCAGACGGAGCUGCUGGACCUGCGGCACGAGAAGAAGCAGCUGCAGCAGCUGUGUGAGGAGCAGGAGCAGGCACUGCAGGAGAUGGGUCUCCAUCUCAGCCAAUCCAAACUCAAAAUGGAGGACUUCAAAGAAGUCAACAAAGCUCUAAAGGGUCAGGCCUGGCUUAAAGACGAUGAAGCCACGCAGUGUAAACAGUGCCAAAAGGAAUUCUCCAUAUCUCGCAGAAAACACCACUGCAGAAACUGUGGGGACAUCUACUGCAGCAGCUGCUCCAGUAACGAACUGGCCCUGCCCUCGUACCCCAAACCCGUCCGCGUCUGCGACAUCUGCCACUCCCUUCUUCUGCAGAGGAGCUCCACCAGCUCCUGACAUCACCCCAACACCUGAAAUCAUAAUGAGGCGUGCGGUGCUGCUGCAGCUCGUCCUGAUCGCUCUGGGUGAUUUAUGGUAUUUUGAGACUAACAAGAUUAAUAUAUGCAUUAGUGAUUACGGGGCUUUUCUGCUUCCACUCGUCUGAAACCUUUUUUAGCCAGCAGGCGCUACAGGAACUGCAGAAUCAUAUGCAAAGUAAUUUCUUCUACAUGGAGAAUGUGAUAAUUUUUAAGAGGAAUAUUCUACUGCAUAACCCUGGCUAUGAUUUUAUUGUACUUUUUUUUCUCUCUCACCUUGUUGAUAAUCUCCAUUUUAGGGAGAAUACUAACCAAACCAGUUGAGCACUUGCCUCUUGUAGCUUUGAGUGCUUGCCCAGGUGACAACUGCUUAACAAAUUCAAUUUUCAAUCAAACCCCUCUUUUCUAAAUGUGAACAAUAAGAAAAUAAAGUGAAGCUGCAUUCUGUA